GUAAAUACGCUAUCCAUCAACUGAUCCUCCACUCCUCUACCGAGUGCUUAAGUUUUCCGAUAUAUUAUUCUAAAGUAAAACUGGUUGGUAGCAGCAAGUUAAGAAAUUCUCACGAGGAAAGCAUAUGAAGAUAUGUCAAUGACACGCACUCCACCGGUGAAAAUAAGGCAAACAAGAACACGCUCAGCACUACAGUCAUCUGGUGCGUCAGUACCGCCGCAUUCAGAGCUGUUCAGAGCGUCGCGACCAUGUGGAGAGUGGGGAUGGUACUGAAUGUUCUGGAAUUAUAAAUGAUUCGGGUGAUGGUGCAAGUGGUGCUAAGAUAGAUAGAAGUGAAGGUCGACUGGGAGGUGAAUCAGAAUGGUGAUGCUGGGUCGCUUCUUCCAGAAAACAUCUCAUGCUUAUCAAAUGCCCACCAAGUCAGGCAGACCUGUACCAGCAUGAAGAACCUUUGAUAAAUAUUGGUCAAAAGGUGUACGUGAUCCAUCAGGGUCACCCAGUGAUAGUGAGAUGGCUCGCGGACGGCUGCUUCGGCCCUCCGUGCUGCACCGCCAGAUCGCCAACAUGCGCGUGUUCCCGCGUGUGCGGCUCGAGUGCUGCGUACUCAUAGCCAUCGCCUGGUGCGCGCUCGUCACCUUCCUCUUCAUACAGUACGGCGAGGACCAGGUGCACAGCAAGACCCUCCAGGAGACAAACAAGUGUCCCGUCUGCUUCGGACACACCAGCUGCUUCAUGCUUCACUCGAGUAACAUGCACGUCGUCAAGCUCACCGGCCUGUCCAAGGUGUCACUCUUCAACUACAUCAACGUCAAGAACGUGUUCUUCGGCAAGUACAAGGGUGACGAGAUCGUGCUGAAGAAGCUGGCGCACGACUCGGAGUUUGCCGAGUUUGACGGUCGCGUGUGUAACGGCUCGGCGCGCUGUACGCCUCGCGGUCGGCUCUUCACGCGGCUGCUGCGCGGCGUGUUCCCCGACAUCUCCGACGGCCGCUCCGAGUCGCUGGCGCUCGCCGCCGGUGUCGGAGACCGCUUCCUGCGCGAGCACCUCACCUGUCCCUCGCAGCGACUCAUGCGCAGACUGUUUGACGCGCUCGCCGACGAGUCCAAGGAGAAGUUCCUUCACUUUGCCACGAUGCUGCUCAUCAACGCCGAGCCGCUGCUGCUGCAGGCGUUUCCGCAGUCGGAGGGCUGGCCGUUUCCGCGCUACCUGGGCGCGUGCGGCCGGCUCGUGAUGGAACAGUACGUGGGACCGACGCUGGCCAACUUCCGAGACGCCCCCUGGCAGCAGCGGGUCGAACUGGCCCUGCAGCUGCUGGAGAUUGCCGACAUGCUGACCACAAACGACAGCGACUUCAACCUGUACAUGACGGACGUGACUGCCGACAACCUGGCCGUGGAUGCGGACGGACGCGUUCACCUGGUGGACGUGGAGGACGUGGUCAUCGUGGACCGGCAACAGCUGGAGAAAGACGCGCCAGCAGACUGGAACAAGACUCACGUCACUCCCAUCCUCUGUGACGACUGCAUGGGUUACGAGGCCGACCAGCUGUGCGGACACCACAUCUCCGAUCACAACUACUUCGCAAUCUGCAAGGGCCUUCUGGCGCCGAACGCGUUCGGUCGCGGUAUGUCUGGCGGCCUGCUGCACAGCGUGCCGGCGCUGGUGACCUCCACCCACCCAGAGUUGGAGCGCUGGCUGCGCCUCUGCGCCGACCCGGGACCCGACGGCGGGUCACGCUUCGGGCCAGCCGCCGAGCUGCGGCGAACGCUCAACCAGGUGCUCGAGGAGGCCAGUACUGAAUGACCGAGGGGGCAGAGGGAUUGUAGGUUUGAGCUUUGGAUGCCGGGGAGAUUGUGGUGUGGGAGGUGGGAUUGUGGGAUACGGGACGGGAGGCAAGAGGUGACAUUUGGGACUUUAAGGCACGGGAAGGAUGAAAAUGUUUAUUUGGUAAUGAGCACUAAUCGUUGACACGGGAAGGACUGGCUGGUUAUGAGAACCAUCGGGUGACAGGGGACUGGAUUCAGAGUUUCCCUACCCACUGGGAUAUUCUUGGAAUGACAUUCUGUGGGAGAAGAACUGUUGCAGAAGACUGGAUUAACUUUAUCAUGACCUGAAUGGCAUGAUGCCGACUGAAUACUUCGGAAUGAGGCUUCCAGUAAAGGAACGGGAUAUUAUGAUCGAUUACGGGCAUACAAUAGACUCAUGACAUGAACGAGCAACAGCCUAGACCACACCGUGUUCUAUGCUCUAGGUUUGUCUUGGCUGCGUUCGUACAGCGCUGUGACUGCGUCCAUUUCUACCACCUUUGCCGAUUUUGAGUGACGCCGUGUCCCUCAAGUGUCCGAUCAUGACCACUAGUGCCCCUUUGGGAGGCCUGCUUUCUAACGUGCGACUUUUGCACUUCUUACGCGAAACAUAAUCGAGGGGUUUUAGCCCAGAAUUUGAAUCACAGCCAUUGUGUGCCAUCGAACGAUACAUCUGUACAUCUGUAAAUUCACAUAAGUGAUUUCAGGAUGGCUAAGGUCUGGCUGCUCUACAUAGGUUCUAAGGCUUCUUCGAUUCCCGGUUUUAGUCUUUUUUCCUCCAUGUGGUUCUUUCUCUUUUGCAAUUGAUUUCCUGAUGAGUUAGAUAGCCAUGACAUUUGUGCCGUUGUCAUUAUUUGGUUUUAUCAUUGUCUAAGGCAGUCUAGCCAUAGUUUCAUACUUGGGUUUCUCGCCUUAUUUAUUGAGUUUUCUGCGGAAUGGUGGAUACGAGUAUGCGUCAUUCAACCGAGUAGCCGAUACUUUCGAUUGUUUUCGUUCGAUUUACUGAGAAGGCGUGGGUAGUCUCAAGUCUAUAAUGGAAAAAGUCUAUAAAAGCGCCCAACUCUUGCCGUAUAGCUUGCACCUAUCGGCUAUCACUUUCGACAACCCCAGAGAUAUGCUUAAAGCGUGCGUUGGCCUACGGGCUUCCAUGAAAAACUGUAGGUACCGGUCAUGUGCUGUCGGUGGCGGGCACGUUGAUGGUAUGAGCAGCUGCCAUAGGACUCUCUGGUGUUUGGGACUUAGGUGACCGGUUCGCAGUGUUUGCCUCUUGUGUUGCUACCGCGCAGCACUCACGACAGCUCGCCUAGCUUUAUACGGGCAUUGGCGUAGACGCGACCGUCUCUGUGUGUGUAGAUUACCACGACGCUUACACGCAGCUUCCAGCGAGCAGUGGCGAUAAAUGUUCCAGUGUCGAGCUUAGACGUAGAUCGUUGUUGUGACAUUGAUGUUAGAAACGUGUGCAGGCAGGCGCAGAAAUGAUUUAUUUUUGCAUGUGUUUACUGGCUUCACCUGUAGAUGUGUAGUCGUUUUAUGAGUUGUUCUGAGGAAGUGUUGCAUUUAUAUCGUGAACGUAUCAAAGAGAAUGUUUAUUGUUUAUUCCAGGACACCUUAGUGAUAGGAUGUCUUCGAUGGGUCUGUGUUUUAUUGGAUCCAGUAGGUUGGAAGCAGUCAUAUGGGUUAACCGUGUGUGCCUGACAGCUGCCAGUAAUACUGAAUUACUCAAGUCAUCUGUGUCCAUGCAUUAGUUAAUUGCACCUGUUAGACAUUCACAACUCACGCAAUUAAUUGUAUUUACAUUGUGUUCACUUCAGUGCACCUGUACGAAGCCAGUGGUCUUACGCAAGCGCUUGCGACAAAUAUUGUGAGAUCACUAGAGCGCUCUAUAGAUCGUGUUCGGUGUUCAACGGUAGAACAGACGUGUUAGCAUUGUAUCAGAGCUUUACACCGCUGUGUAGCCGUUUCGUGUUGUACCGUUUGCAUGACAUGCGCCACACAUCGGCCGUAAGUGUGUACUGUAUGUAGGUGGUAGAAUUCCUUUACAAGGCAGUCUUCUCAGUUGUUCGACCGGGCGAACGAUGUGGUCGUUCUGGCCUGGUUGGCAGCAGUGUUCAUAGUCGGCCCCCGCCGGGGCCGGCCCCAUCCAUCAGUGUUUUGUAGGUGUUCAUCACACAUCGAGGCUGUGGCAUGUGUUGUUUUCGUAAUAUAAACGCUGAAACGUCCUA